AUGCAGGCAUCAGGUCUGCUGACGCCGCGUCCCUCCCGCGUGCCCUCAGGCAGCGGGGCACGCACACCAACAGCAGCCGGCCCCUCAUCAAAUCCGGCAGACUCAGUGGACCUGUGGGAGGACAUUCUGCGCAGUGCGGACCGGGCCAAGACGCACGCGCACAAGAACAUUGUGCUGCUCGCCGAGCGUCAUCGCGGACGCACACAUCUGCUCGACAAGCUGGCGGGGAAGCGCAGACAACGGCCCGAAGGUGCCUCGGCACUGGCUAUCGGGUAUCAGGUUCUUGAGAGCGAGGAUAGGGAUGAAGCGCUUCCGCCGAAUCCUCUACCUGACACGGCCGUCGUCAUUGUGCUCGACUGGACCAAGCCGAGCAGCAUGGUGCGCGAGCUCCUGACGUGGCUGUCGUGGGUCGACGGCUGGGCGCAGCGUGUCAGCAAGGACACUGACGAGAUGCGAGACCGAUUGCAAGCACAUCUGCAGCAUUACACCGAGCCUCCAGCCCCAGGCACGCCAGCACCGACAAAAGCGCUCGGCACAACGCUCCUUCCCCUCGGACCGGGGACGCUGACGCUGAACCCGGCCGGCGUCCCGAUCAUCGUGGUUUGCACGCGCGCAGACCAGAUGGACUCUGUCGGCGACGAGAUGGGCAUGAAGGGCGGGAGCUGGGAGGAGCGCACAGACUGGAUCCAGCAGGUGCUGCGCACGAUCUGUCUCUCGUACGGCGCGGCGCUGUUCUACACCUCGCAGACGCAGCCGCAGACCUACACGCUGUUGCGGGACUAUCUCGUGCACCGGCUCUACACCACUCCAGGGGCCAGCGGGGAGCCCGUCGCCCGAUAUCCAUUCGCGCACCGCGCCAAUGUGCUUGAUCGGGACGCCGUCCUUGUCCCCGCGGGGUGGGACAGCUGGGGGAAGAUCAACGUGCUGAGGGAAGGCUUCGACCUGCAGCGCGUGCACAAUGCGUGGGAGUCGUCGAUCAACCGUUUCGGUCAAUCAACAGACGCAGACGAGGAAGCCAUCGAUGACCUCUGGACAGCCAUGGUGCCGGAUACAGAGAGGCCGAAGAACCGGAACGACGGCGCGAUCACAACCACAUCAGAGGGGGAACAGGCCUUCCUCGCCAAGCAACUCGAGGCACUCAUGAAGGACCCGAACCGCGACCCGAGGGCUAGUUUCCGACACGCCGUCAACAGUGCGGCGGCGAAUGAGGGCGAGGCUCCGCAGCGCUUCGGAGGCGUCGUGGGACCCAUGGGCGCCGGUGGCCUGAACCUCCCGGGCGUCGAGAAGGCUAUGGCAGAGAUGGAGGGCGGGGACGACGUCAAGGAGCGCUUUGCAAGGAUCGCGAGGAGGCAAGAAGGCAAGCCUCAGAGCCCGCCAAAUGAGCGACCAGCCGUGCCCAACGAGGCACUGCACAACUUCUUCCAGGGCCUGCUCGCCAAGAAGUCGGGCGGCACGCCGACCCAGACGCCGACCAAGUCGAAGUAG